AUGAACCACGACAUCGACGCCCUACGGGCAAGAUUCGAGGGCUGCACGACGGUGCCCGAAGUCGAGAAGCGCAUCCGGACCGAACUUAGCGAUGCUGAACGCCUCGUUGUUGCUUCCGUCGCCUACGACCACUUCUUCGCGAGCAAUUGGUGCGGGAUUGAAGAAGCCGCCCUGCUUGAGAAAGACGUCGAAGAAGGCCUACGCCCCCAAGUUGUCGAAGCCUUGUCUUGUGAGGGGAUGUUGCCUUACAAGGGGACAAGGUCCCUUUUGCUUCUCCUUGCCGCGAUCAAGGCCAUCGAAGGGCAAAAUGGAGGCCAGGUCUUGCAGCUCAAGAUUCUGAUGGCCUGGCAGCACCUGCUCGACGAGUCUUCAUCAACGAUCCAUCGGCGUAUCAAAGAAUUGAUCAAAGAAGUGCAAGAACCAUGCGAAGAAAGCCUCGUGCUCAGCGUGGAGCGCGAGCUGGUCAUUGCCCAGGCGUGCCUGUUGUUCUACGGUUACGAUGAAGCGCAUCGGCACAUUGACGAGGCGUUCAAACUGGCAAAGCUUGACGCGACGCUGACCGGCGAGCUCGGCAAGCGCACAAAAUGGCAGCAACACCUGGUGGCCCAGUUGGUGUUGUCGGUGCUUGGUGUGUGGUUCAACGCGGGGUACUGUGCGUGGACCAACGAGCAAUUCGAGCAGGCAACCGUCUGCUUCCGCCGUUGUGUCGACCUCGAGCCUGAACACUUCGAAGCCUGGAACAACCUAUCCGCCGCCUACCUUCGUCUCAACCAGAAAAAGCGGGCUUUCGACGUGCUUCAGGAAGCUAUCAAGUUCAGCAUCGAAGACCACAACAUUUGGGGAAAUUGCCUGCUCCUGGCGCUGUCCGUGGGCGAAGUGUCGAAGGCGAUACAAGCAUACCAUAGGCUUCUUGACCUGAAGCGAGCCCCCACCGAUGACGAUUAUUUGAUCAAGCUGACGAAUGAGGCGCUGGACCUAAUCGAAAAGGAACCCAACGACCCGUGCCUGGACGAGCUCUGCAAGCUUUUCGCACGCAUCAUCGCUUCCAAGUCACUCGGCGCACAGGGUUACCUCCUCUACGCCUCCCUCAAAAAGCCGUCGCCGGGUAGCGUCGAUCAGGAUGGGCGCUAUGUGCGCCUGGUCGAGCAGGCCCUCCAGGCCGAUACGAUGAAAAAUGACUAUUUGACGAAGGUGGAGGUGGCGCUGCGCGUGCUCAAGACGGCCAAUCUGCUGAUCGACACACGGUUGGAGCAAGCCGGGAUCAGCCAAAAGGAGGAAGACAUCAAGAGGGCAAAGUCGCGCAACAAUUUGACGCUGCUGCCCCACCUCAAGAAGAUCCAAAUGGCCUACCAGGACCAAUUCGGCGCUCAAAACGAGCUGAAGAUGGCGCUCGACGAUGUUAUGGCCAAAAUUCAAGCC